AUGGGCUUCAUACAAGAUCUGACGAGGAGGUUACCGUCCUCGCAGGACAGCCUGGACAAGUUCGACGACCUGUCACGACGCGCAGAAAAGGUUUCUCCCCGAUUGGCCUUCUUCCGCCGGCGCAUACGACUGAAGGGAAACUCGACCGUCUCGUUACCGCUGGGCCUCGUGCUGCUGUUCCCAUGUCUGGUCAUAAUCCUAAUCUUGGUUCUCUUUGUGAGGUCGCCAGACUCGCAGGGUAUCAUGAACAUGCCCGGCGGCGGCGUUCCUCCUUCAAUACGGAAAAUCAGCGAAAAGUAUGAUAAGCCUUUCGCAGUAGGUUGUCUCGAGCCUCAAACGAACGGUCCCCGCGCAAACGCAGCUAUCGUGGUCCUGGCGAGGAACAAGGAGCUUGAUGGCGUUAUACAGUCUAUCAAGUCCUUCGAAAGGCACUUCAAUAGGUGGUUCAACUACCCCUAUGUCUUCCUCAACGACGGCGACUUCAACUCGACCUUCAAAGAGACCGUCGGUAAUCACACACAGUCGAUCGUAGAAUGGGGUAAGAUUGCACCAGAGCACUGGGAAUUCCCAGAAUGGGCAGAUCCUGCGGUUGUCAAGGAAGGUAUCGCUAAGCAGGGCGACCGCGCGAUCAUGUAUGGUGGUAUGGAAAGCUACCAUCACAUGUGUCGGUUCUACUCUGGUCAAUUCUACAAACAUGAGUUACUACAGAAGUACGAAUGGUAUUGGCGGCUGGAACCGGAGAUUACCUAUUUCUGCGACAUUACGUACGAUCCUUUCAUCCACAUGAUACGGAAUAAGAAGACUUACGGCUUCACCAUUGCUGUGAAGGAGCUGAGGGAAACGGUCCCAAACAUCUUCCGCUACGCGUCAGCGUUCAAGAGGAUGAACAACAUAACAUCGCAAGGGAUGUGGGAGAUGUUUGUCGAGAAGCCGAAGGAGGAGCCAAAGGACAAGUUGCCGAAAGACGACCCAAAGUACAAGAAGCCUCUGCCUCAAGAGAUCUUGAACUCCGAACCAGGCACAGGAGCGCUCCCCGAUAUUGAUCCAGAGAACAUGGAGGGUGAGAACUACAACAUGUGUCAUUUCUGGAGUAACUUCGAGAUUGUCAAUCUGAGCUGGUACCGGAGCAAAGAGUACAACGACUUCUUCGAGAUGAUGGAUCGGAGCGGUGGCUUCUGGAUGGAGCGAUGGGGUGAUGCACCGAUUCACUCGCUUGCUGCAGGCAUCCUUCUUGGUCCACAGGACGUCCACUACUUCCGCGACUUUGGCUACCGACACACUACGAUCCAACACUGUCCCGCCAAUGCGCCCGCGCGACAGCUGCCACGAAUCCCCUACCUGGAACCGACCACACUAGAUGAGAAGGCACGGAGAGAGGAAGAUGACUACUGGGCACAUCCAGAUCCACCCAAAGAAAACGGCGUGGGCUGUCGCUGCAGAUGUGAUACCGAUAUCGUCGACGUCGAAGGCAAAGAAGGUUCCUGCCUUGCAGAGUGGGUGGACGUUGCUGGAGGAUGGGCGUCACCCGGGCCUUGA